AUGGAUAACCAAGUCGUUCCCCAGGAUGCCGAAGUCGUGCUCGGCGAAGAUGGCAAGCCCCUCUCCAAGGGUGCCCUGAAGAAACUGCAGAAGCAGAAGGAGAAGGAGCAGAAGAAGAAGGAGCUCGAGGCCAAGCAGGCCGCUGAGAAGGCUGCGCGUGAAGCCGCCUCGCCCGACUACUCUGUUGGAUCCUAUGGAAAGCUCCCCCUGAUGCAGUCCACUGAGCGCCCCGGAAACGCUCGCACCAAGCUGGCUUCGCUGAAUCCCGACAUGGUCGGAGAGACUGUGCUGUUCAGUGCCCGAGUCCACACUUCCCGAGCCGCCGGCUCCAAGGUCGCCUUUUUCGUCUUCCGCGAAAGAAUGGUCACCAUUCAGGGCGUGCUUGCUCUCGACGCCGAUAAAGUGAGCAAGCAGAUGCUCAAGUUUGCCCAGGGUAUUACCCUUGAGUCGAUCGUCCAGGUCGAGGCCGAGAUUGUCAAGCCCAAUGAACUGGUCAAGAGCUGUGUGAUCCAGGACGUUGAGCUGAAGAUUUUGAAGAUUCACGUCGUCAGCGAGGCCGCUCGCCUGCCCAUCUCCGUCGAGGACGCAUCGCGUCCCGAGCCCACCGAGGAGGAGGAAGCCAACCCCGAUAGCCGCUUCAACCGUGUCAACCUCGACACCAAGCUCGACAACAGAGUGAUUGAUCUCCGCACCACCACCAACCAAGCCAUCUUCCGCAUCCAAGCCGGAGUCGGCCAGCUCUUCCGUGAGUUCCUCGAGAACAAGGGCUUUAUCGAGAUCCACUCUCCCAAGCUCAUUGGAGCUGCCAGCGAGGGCGGCGCCAACGUCUUCAAGAUCCCGUACUUCAAGACCUUUGCCUACCUUGCGCAGUCGCCGCAGUUCUACAAGCAGAUGAUGAUCUGCUCCGACUACGAGCGUGUCUACGAAAUCGCCCCUGUCUUCCGUGCCGAAAACUCGUUCACGCACCGACACAUGACUGAGUUCAUGGGCCUCGAUCUCGAGAUGACCAUCGAGGAGCACUACCACGAGGCACUCGAUCUGUUUGACGGUCUGUUUGUGCACAUCUUCAAGGGUCUGGAGACCCGAUUUGCGGACGAGAUUGCGCAGGUCAAGAAGCAGUACCCCUUCGAGGACUUCAAGUAUCGCGAAAAGACCCUGGUUCUCGAGUUCCCGGAGGCCGUGCGCAUGCUGCGUGAGGCCGGCGCCGAGAUGGGCGACUUUGAUGAUCUCACCACUGCCAACGAGCGCCUCCUUGGCCGCCUUGUCCGCGAAAAGUACGACACCGACUUUUUCUUCUUGGACAAGUUCCCGCUGGCCGUGCGUCCCUUCUACACCAUGCCCGAUCCGGCCCGCCCUGGCUACUCCAACUCGUACGACUUUUUCAUCCGCGGAGAAGAGAUCCUCUCCGGUGCCCAGCGUAUCCACGACUACGACCUGCUCGUCGAGCGCAUCAAGGAGCAUGAAGUCGAUCCCGCCACGGUUGAAGACUACAUCAACGCCUUCAAGUACGGCGCUCCUCCGCACGCCGGCGGUGGCAUUGGUCUGGAGCGUGUUAUCAUGCUCUACCUCAACCUCGGCAACAUCCGCAAGACCUCGCUGUUCCCUCGUGACCCCAAGCGCCUCUUCCCUUGA